AGAAGUGUUUCUCAGGAAGUUGAUACGGCUGGUUGGCUGUUCCAGUCCAAAGAGUCUCCCACAUCCAAUCUGACAGUUUUACCUAUACUGGCUAUUCUUCUGUUUGUCAUCUGUGUCAUCCAUCGAUUCUAUAAGUGGUCUCGGGAUGAUGCAAGGUUCAAAGCCAGGGGUGACGUGGAAUUUGGUGAGGACAGUGAGGUGAAUUAUGGGAUCAUCCAAGCUGGGGACAAGGAAUUCUGUAACAUUGACAUGAGAGGUGAUGGAAUUUCUGUCUAUGACACAGUGAAUUCCUUCAGGGCAUUUGGUAAUGGUUUUCCCUUGUCCAUCAAUGACCCUCAGUAUUACCAUGACACAGUUACAUCUAUCAAAUCUCUGGUUUUGCAAAGAGCUGAUGGCAGCCAGUAC